UGUCCAGUUACGAGAGUGGCUUUGGGAAUUCCCCAGGAAAACACCUACGCAGCCACAAGGCCUUUUCUGGACAAACUGGGCAACAGCAAGCCGCUCACAAGGUGAGCAAUUUGUAGUUUUAUAAUGCUCCGGACAUGGAGGGAAUCUGAGGCUUGUGCGACAGCGCUUGCCGCUGUUGUUUGGGAAUUUGUUCAGAAAGAGCUCAUCUUGUUCCCCUAAAAACAUCAACAACCGUCAGACGGAAUCCAUCUGGAUAGAAGCGAAAACGGCGCAACAGAUAGUUGUUUGUCAGGAAAGGCAGUUUCUCUGGUUACAGCUGACAUCGUUUAAACGGCGGAUCCAUAUAUAAAUGGAGGGGACGCAGGAUAUUCACGGUGAAUCCCGGACACAGAAUGCUCGGCCUGGACCCAGCUACGCUACGGAGAAAAGGGGCGCCGUGGACUCUGUCCCGGAGGACUGGUGUGACAGCGGGCUAGACUCCUUAAGCGGGGUCGGACUCGGUUUUGAGGGCUCCUACGGCACGUACAACGAGGCCGAACAGAUGUGGACACCUGGUCGCUCUGUGUCUGACAUACCUGACAUCCCUCCGUCGGACGAGUCCGACAGCAGGAGUACCAUGGAUUGUGUCUCGAUUGGCGGGGGAGAGAGGCUCGACUCUGCCAUCGGGGACUCGAUUAAUGAGGAUGCGGUGGUGGGGUGCCUCUCCGACGGGAUCGGCACCAUGAUCCUGAGCGAGCCUGCAGGUACAGACGGACUGGUGGUUUCAAACACCGAGGAGGGUCUGCAGCGCAGGGAAGAGCUUUUCAACACGCUUAACUUUCUGUCAGAGGACGGUGACACGGUACUUCAUUUGGCGCUAAUUCAUGAGCAGUGGGGUGUUGUUCAGUGCCUUCUUGAAGAAAUUGUGGUGGACAACACCUGGAUUCCUUACCUGGACAUCCAAAAUGACCUGGGCCAGACCGCACUGCAUUUAGCAGUCAUCGUAGACCAGAGUGAGUGUGUUCGGGCACUGUUGUGGAGUGGAGCCAGUGCAGACAUCCAAGAGAGGGGUGGAAACACACCUUUACACCUGGCUGUCAGAGAGCUUCGCACAGACUGUGUGAGAGAGCUGACCAGCUGCUCACGGACCCCACCGGUGCACCUGAACAUCACUAAUUAUGCAGGUGUAAGUGCACUGCACCUGGCUGUACAUAGGGGCAACUGUGAGAUCCUCAAAAUGCUGCUGGAGGCAGGAGCAGAUGUAAAUCAACGGGAUUUGGGGUCAGGUCGGUCUCCAUUGCACUGGGCGGUGGAAGGUCAGAGGUCAGAGGUAGUGGAGUUAUUAUUGAGCGCUGGUGCUUCAGUGAAUCAGCGCUCAUAUGCUGGCUACACGCCGUUCCACUGUGCCCUUUACCGACCCAACAAAGAGGUGCAGGCCCUACUUAGUGCCCACGGGGGCACAUACACACAGGACGAUGAGGAAGAAGAGGAGUACAGAGAGAGUGAGGAGGAGGAGUUUGACGACGUCAUCAUUAAUGGACAGCGAGUGCUGUAGCUGUAAAACAUGGACACACUGCCAUUAGACCCUGUGAUCUCCAGCUGAAUGACUGUGGUGUCUGAGUGUAUUUGGUGGAGGCUAUUACGUGCGUCUGCGUGUGUAUGUAUGUGUGUGUAUUUUGUUUUAAGGUACAGUAUGAUGUCAGUACGCUGAUUUUGGUUCAGGCUGAUGGGAGUGCAUAGCUAGAUACUGUUAGUCAUGGAUGAUCUAAGUUAUUUAAGCCUGACAUCACGCAAAGCCUUUUAAAGCUAUAACAAUGGAGGCAGCUUUUCAUUUAGUAAAUCCUCUCGUUGGCUCAUCUCGUGUGUGUUAUAAUCAAGGGAUAGUUUACCAAAAGAUGAAUAUGAUGUCUCGCCCUUAUGAUGGUUUAAGCCUGCAUGACUUUUUCUUCUGGGGAAUAACAAAAUGUCUUGAAAAAUGUUUGAAAAGUGUACACAUUAAAAAUCAUAACAAGUCCAGUGUUGUUUAUGCAACAUGUACUACAGUAGUCAGCAUUUGAAGUGGAUCAAAACCUUUCAACAAAGUUGUCCUAAAAUCAAAACAAUACUUGUUCAUGUCUUAGGACAACUUUGAUGAACUUUUUUGAUCCACUUUAAAUGUUGACUACUGUAUAUAAUACCUUGCAGAAAAAAUAUCUUCCACAGAAGAAAUAAAGUGAUUCAGGUUUGGAAUGACAUAAGGGUAAGUUAAUCAUUUUAAUUUUGGGUGAAUUAUCCUUUUAAGAACCAAAUUCCCUAGAAGAUACCAAACACCAUGCAUUGGGUGUGAUGCUCCCACUAAUGGGUAGAUUCAUUAUGUCCUCAACAUGUUGAUGUACAAAAUGAGAAAAGUGGCUUUCUUUCUAUUUUAAAAAUUAAAUUAUUAGAUUUAGCUUAGGGCUGCACAAUAAAUUGCAUGCGAUUGUAAUGCGCAUCUUGUCAGGAAAGCCGGUUCUGUGAUAAGUAGUAAAUUUCCAUCACGUGGAUUCAGAUGGAGUGGCAUUUAAUACACAGAGCCAUAGAUCACUGACAAGCUACGCAAUAUCGCGUUUGUAACCGCAGAUGAAUCGCAUUCGAUUAUGAACACGAUAUUGCGUAGCUUGUCAGCAAACUACACCUCUGUGUAUUAAAUGCUGCUCCAUCUGAAUGUAUGUGAUGGAGAUUUACUACUAAUCACAGAACCGGCUUUACUGGCGAGAUGCGGCUGACAACUGCAUGUGAUUUAUUGUGCAGCCCUAAUGUAGCUGAAGAAAGAGAAAUUGAAUGGUUUUUAAUAAACUUGUUGACUUACUAUUACUGCUACAACAGCUGUUGGCUGUUUAUUCAGUGUUUUUUUUUUUUUUUUUUUUUUUUUUUUUUUUUACAGUAGAUGUUUUUUCUUCUCCUAUAAUGAGUCGUAGGGGUGAAUAUGAUAGACAGGCGAAUAUGUAGUUGGUCAAACAGGGAUGAAAAGUGCUUAAAUAGAGCCCUGACACAAAAAUGGAUGAAA